CAAAUUCCUGCGUACGCGCCUGAUUACCGUAUAUCUCUAGCUUAAUAUGCCAAAUUCAUGCCAGUUAUUUAAAUUUAUAUAAAUUCGAAUGCUCGUAUAAAUUCAUUCUGGAUUCUAGCAAUUCUUUGAAAAUCAGAAACACACGAUGGUCUUGAUUUGAUAACGAUCAUGGAAAAAUAUAUUAAGGUGUCAGACGAUUUAGGGAAUAUUAUAGAAAUUCCAAGUGAUGAAGACGGUACCAUCAGUCUACCCACCCUGAUAUCCCAAUUUAAUUGCGCUUCUGGUUUGAAAUAUCAAGGUCCGAAUGGAUUUUGGAGAGCUUUAAGAAUUGAAAACGAUAAAAUAAUACCUCCAAAAGAUUUUGAAAAAUGGGAUGAAAUACUUUACAGAGUAGUCCAAUUGAAAGAAAACAAAAGAAAAAUUGAUGAUUGUAUCGAUGAAAAUAUGAUCAAGUUAAGGAAAAAGACAUUACCCAAAAAGUGCAACGAUUUAAUCGUAUUAGGUUUGAAUCCAAUUACGACUCCCGAUUCAAUGAAAAAAGUGUUCUUGCCUUAUGGUAACGUCAUUUUAGCGGAGGUGAAAAAAGAUUCAAAAACGGGUAAAGCAAAAGGCUACGGGUUUAUACGGUUUUCUAAUUACGAGUCACAGUUAAAGGUAUUGAUGAAAAAGUUCAAUAUUGAUGGGAGAUGGUGUACCGUUAAACUUCCCGAUUCAAAAGGUGGCAACGCAGCACUUUCCGGUUCGAAGAUAUUUAUAGGCGGCGUGGACCACUCCAUGACGGCCUCGGACCUCAAAUCGUUUUUUGAAUCCAGUUUUGAUACUACAGUGGUGGAUGUUUUCUUCGUCCCGGCCAAAAAUUACGCGUUCGUAACUUUCUUGGACUGGGACACAGCUCAUUCUCUUUACGGCGAAUCCUUUGAAAUAAACGGGAAAAGUGUAUUCUGCAGACCAGCAGAACCGGUGUCCGAUAAUUAUAAUAAAACUAACAAUAUCUGUAGUAAUAAUAAUGCUGCCGGAGUUUCAUUACAAUUAUCGACCUCUCAAUCUAUUGUGAGCAAGGUGGUCAAGAAUGGGAACUCGGGGUCUACUAAAAAAUCGAGAUGUCGCAAAGUCAUAACCAAUCAGACUAUCGAUGAUCAGCUCAAUGUUCCAUGUUUCAACGAAGAAAGCUUCAAACAUAAGGUGCCAUCUAAACAUCACCAUUUGACGUUAAACCUUAACCCCGAUACAGCAAUACACAAAUUAGAAGGGGAAUCAGACAAGUUGACUUUAGGUGACAUUUCCCUAUUACCUCCUAUAUUCGAUGAAAAAUUGAUGGAGGCCCUGGAAGAAAUCUCGAGGGCCAAGCGGCCUAACAAUUUUACCGAAGAUAAUUCUUCUAAUGUGUGCUCAGAUAUGAAAGCUCACGGGGAACAAGGCAAGACUGAUCCGAUAAUGGAUCAUUGCAAUGAAAAUAAGGGAUCUUGCAUUGACUCGAAUCAUUCUGUGUGCGAUAGGUGCAAUGACAAUAUACAAAAAAUACUCGGUGACCAAACGAGCAGUGGUAACCGGGAAUGCUUGGAAAAUGAUGUUUGUGUUAGGUGCGAUCACCUUUACAAUAGCGGCUCCUCAUAUUCGAAUCUAAUUCGUUUGCAAUGUAAACCUAGCUCAAAGGAUGCCCACUUAGACAGCGAUGAAUUAAUCGAGGAUUUUGAGUCUUCCACAUAUUUGAAUAAUCAGAGUCCUUUCUUGAAAGCCAAAAAUACGAGUUCCAGAAGGCUUCACACGAAUUUUGGAAAAUCUAUGAAAAUUAAGCUCAAAGAAAACGAUAUGGAUGAAAAUGUGAAUGAACAAUACACCUUUUCAUCUAAUAAAAAUUUAGAAUUAGAUCCGAAGCACAAUAUUUCCUUCCACGAUAAUCGAACUUUUGUUAUUGAAUCCAAUGAUUUAUUGAAACAUCAGAUGGCCAAUCAUUUCUCUUCCAUAUCCUUACAGAACAACGAGGUUAGCCUACCAGUCGAAUCCUUCAAAUCGGCUUUAUCCCUGGGACUCAAAAAGAAUGAUUAUAUUUUGGAUUCGUUAAAUCACAUCACUCUCAACCACACCAAGCGUUCCCGGGAAAAUGAGCUGGAAGAAUCAGAGGAGUGCUGCUUCCUAACGAAAUUGUCCAACUCCGCGUCUCACAAUUUCCCCGUUAUCAAUUCAUUAUCCUUCAGCCUCCAACAAGAACACCCACCCUCUCCCGACACGACAACAGAUUUUGUUGACAAUGUCGACGCCGAAAAUGACGUAACCAUUCUUUCCCUCACUCAUGACCCCCUAAAUUUUGGAGAUAUCGACGAAGUAAAUCUAACCACUCUGCGAGCCGUUAAUUUAUCCGGAUCCAAUUCUAUCCUUUCAAAAAAUAAUACGGUAGAAGAACAAUUAUUUUCUAAAUUAGGCCCUUCCGCCAUCAUUAAUAAUGGUAAGGCAUCAUUAGCGAAACGCACAUCGAAGUUAUCUAAAUCGCACUCCGUUUUAUGCGUUAUUUCGAAAUUGGACAAGAAUUUUAACUCGGUGGAUAGUUUAAGCAAAAUCAAAUCUUCAAAUUUAGGAGACUUUGAAUGUAGCACCAAAUUUUUAAGUACAGACUCGGCCUACCGAAAUAGAAAAAGUGUGAUAGAUUGUUUAAGCGAAUCCGUGUUAGGUAGAAAUACGACUCACGGUGAAAUCUUAUACGAUAAUUUUCUCGUCGAUAAAUUAAAUAAAUCUCACCACGAGAGAUGCCAAUCCCUACCCGAAAAUAUAAAUUUUAUCUAAAAUUGGCUAUUGAUUAUUUAAUAAUUUAAUAUAUUAUCAUCAUAAUUUUAAUUUAUUUAAACAUAUCUUAUAAUCAUUUGAACUUUUUAUAAUAAUAACGACUCAUUUUUGAAGGGUUAAUUUAAUUUUUUGUAAG